CAACGAGAGGACACCCCCUGCGUCUAGAGCAGCCUGCUCGGGAGCGUAGCUGAGGGGCCGGUGGACGUGAGAGGAAAGCCGCGUCAGGCUGUGCUUCCCUGCCCUUGAGCCGUUCUAGAUGCGGAAAAAUGCUUUCAGAAAGCAGUUCAUUUUUGAAGGGUGUGAUGCUUGGAAGCAUCUUCUGUGCCUUGAUCACUAUGCUAGGCCACAUUAGGAUUGGUCACGGAAACAGAACACACCACCAUGAGCAUCACCACCUGCAAGCUCCUAACAAGGACGAUAUCUCGAAAAUCUCAGAGGCUGAACGCAUGGAGCUCAGUAAGAGCUUCCGGGUAUACUGUAUUGUUCUCGUAAAACCCAAAGAUGUGAGUCUUUGGGCUGCAGUGAAGGAGACUUGGACCAAACACUGUGACAAAGCAGAGUUCUUCAGUUCUGAAAAUGUUAAAGUGUUUGAGUCAGUUAAUGUGGACACGAAUGACAUGUGGUUGAUGAUGAGGAAAGCUUACAAAUACGCCUUUGAUAAAUACAGAGACCAAUACAAUUGGUUUUUCCUUGCACGCCCCUCUACUUUUGCUGUUAUUGAAAAUCUAAAAUAUUUUUUGUUAAAAAAGGAUCCAUCACAACCUUUCUAUUUAGGACACUCUGUAAAAUCUGGAGACCUUGAUUAUGUGAGUGUAGAUGGAGGAAUUGUCUUAAGCAUAGAAUCAAUGAAAAGACUCAACAGCCUUCUCAGUGUUCCUGAAAAGUGUCCUGAACAAGGAGGGAUGAUUUGGAAGCUAUCUGAAGAUAAGCAGCUAGCAAUCUGCCUGAAAUAUGCCGGAGUAUUUGCAGAAAAUGCGGAAGACGCCUAUGGAAAAGAUGUAUUUAACACCAAAUCUGUUGGGCUUUUCAUUAAAGAGGCAAUGACUAACCACCCAAACCAGGUAGUAGAAGGAUGCUGUUCCGAUAUGGCUGUUACUUUUAACGGACUGUCCCCUAAUCAGAUGCAUGUGAUGAUGUAUGGGGUGUACCGCCUUAGGGCAUUUGGACAUGUUUUCAACGACGCCUUGGUUUUCUUACCUCCAAAUGGGUCUGAGAAUGACUGACAAAAAGCAAGAGCAUGUAUUUGCUAAGCACAUUAAGACACAUUACCAUGGUUUCUAACUGAUAAGGCAUCUAACACAGAAGCGUGUUUCUUUUUCUUAUCUGGUCACGCUGGCAUAAUCACACAUUGACGUCUACUUGUACAUUUUCAAUGGAAUGGCAUUUGUGAGAAAUUUUAAUGUGUUAGAAAUAAAUGUUUUAAGAAUAGCAAUUUUGCAAAUACAUAUUUAUAAAUAUUAUAUUUAUGUGAUAAAGACUAAAUUAUAGACAUUAAAAUCUGUGAUGUAUCUUUGCUUAUUAGUUUUAAAAUUUUAAUGUAUCUUUUUAGCUUCCUAAUAUAUGCAAAUGAGAUCUCUAGUGAAUUUGUGAUUAAAAUAAUACUUUUA